AAUGGACAUAGAAAAAUCUGCGCCUAUUAGACCUCUCUCUCUCCUCUUUCCCUGCACUUCCCUGCAUUCAAAAUCAAACGUACCCAGGAGACCAGGACCCAGUCUCUCCUUUUGCAUUCAACGUUUUCUUUCGUCAAAUCUCUCUGCCUCCUCGUUCUCCCUUUCACGUUAUCUAUCUAUCUCCUCGCCACAUUCUCUCUUCCUCUUGCUGCGUUGAGCGUGCGUCUCCUCCCUAUAUAUCUGCUGUUUCCCUGUGGAUCUUCCUUGAUAGGGGAAAAAAAAAAAACGGAGCUUCCUUGGCUCAUCUGUUUCUUUCAGGGUUUGUCUUUUGCCUUGUGUUUUGUUAAGGGUCCCCCCCCCCUUAAUAACUGCAUCGCUUCUUUUGUUCCGUUUUCUCUCUCUGGGGGGUUUGAUCACUGUAAUCGAUGCUGUUGUUGGGUGAUUAGAGAUUCUGGAUUUCUUUCCGUAUAUGGGUCUGCUUCUAUUAAGCGAAAAUGUUCAUAUGUUGUUUCGUUUUAGCCGGAGGUGGUUUUGUUUAUGCUAAUUCUGAUUUUGGUAUCUGGGUUUGAAUUUUGGUGUUUUUCAGUUUCUGGGCUGACAUGCUCUGACAAAGAAUUCCGAUGUCAAUGAAUUCCUCCCACCGAAAAAAGAGAGAUUAAUUCAAUUUUGUUUUUGUUUUUUUUUUUGUUUUUCUUUUUUUCAAAGCAUGUUCCUUGAUUGUGUUGGAUCUUGAAUUCUCUCUUCUGUCUCUCUUAGUUUUUUAUUUUUUUCCAUUCUUUUUUUUUAAUUUUUUUUUGUUAUCCUUUUUUCUUCUCUCCUUUUCUAGUUUCAUCCAGGGCCCAUUUAUAUUAAUUUUGUUUGUAGUUGUACGUUCUUCUUUUCAUAAUUCUGCUAUGGCGUUUGUGUUCUCGUUUUAUUUAUUUAUUUUUUCCUGUUUGAAAAUAGAUCAAUAAUUGUUUGAUUUUUCUUGUUACAGCAUAUUCAAGAGAGGGGUCUUCGUCUUGCUUGGUUGCCUAGAUUGAAAAAUUCGGUUUAGUUUCUGUAUAAACAAUUCAUUAGAAUCCUAAAAGCUUCUGCAAAUGCAAAUGCUAAAUUUUGGUAGGGGAAGAGGUCAGUCAAGGUCUACUAGAUCCAUUCCUCUUGGUGGCGGUAUGGACUACCCAGACCCCAAAAGGAAGAGCAAUUUUGUGGGGAAAAUCCUUUUGGCGGCAACCCUUACAGCCUUAUGCAUCAUUAUGCUUAAGCAGUCAUCGACUUUCAAUACCCCAAGCCCAUUCUCCGAACGUCAAGAAGGUGUAGUUCAUGUUCUAGUAACAGGUGGUGCUGGAUAUAUUGGUUCACAUGCUGCUUUACGACUUCUGAAGGAUUCUUACCGUGUAACGAUUGUGGACAAUCUUUCACGAGGAAACAUAGGUGCUGUGAAGGUUCUCCAAGAAUUAUUUCCAGAACCUGGAAGAGUUCAGUUCAUUUAUGCUGAUUUAGGCAAUGCAAAAGCUGUUAACAAAAUAUUUUCAGAAAAUGCAUUUGACGCUGUCAUGCACUUUGCAGCUGUUGCAUAUGUUGGGGAAAGCACACUCGAUCCUCUUAAGUAUUAUCACAACAUUACUUCAAAUACCUUGGUAGUAUUAGAGUCGAUGGCUGCUCAUGGUGUUAAGACUUUGAUAUAUUCGAGUACUUGUGCCACAUAUGGGGAACCUGAAAAUAUGCCAAUUACAGAAGACACUCCCCAGCUCCCAAUCAAUCCAUAUGGAAAAGCUAAGAAGAUGGCAGAGGAUAUUAUCCUGGAUUUCUCUAAAAAUUCAGAUAUGGCAGUUAUGAUCUUGAGAUACUUCAAUGUGAUUGGAUCAGAUCCUGAGGGAAGGUUGGGAGAAGCUCCAAGACCUGAGUUGCGUGAGCAUGGACGAAUUUCAGGUGCCUGUUUCGAUGCGGCUCGUGGCAUUAUUUCUGGGCUCAAGGUUAAAGGGACAGACUACAAAACCCAUGACGGCACUUGUAUCCGUGACUACAUUGAUGUUACUGAUCUUGUUGAUGCUCAUGUGAAAGCUCUUGAAAAGGCAAAGCCCCAUAAGGUAGGAAUUUACAAUGUUGGCACCGGAAAAGGUAGAUCUGUGAAGGAGUUUGUAGAGGCAUGUAAAAUGGCAACUGGCAUGAACAUCAAAGUGGAAUACCUGCCUCGUCGACCUGGUGACUAUGCUGAAGUGUAUAGUGACCCAACUAAGAUUAGGCUUGACUUGAACUGGACAGCGAAAUAUACGAAUCUCCAAGAGAGCUUGCAGGUUGCAUGGAGAUGGCAAAAGGCACACCGUGAUGGAUAUUAGGUGAUGGAUAUUAGGCCAAGGGGUUUACUGAAGAGUUCACAGAAGUCCACAGUAGAAAACUGACGAGAACCCCAUGUGGCUUGACUCUAGCCGUUUCUAUCUCUCCAUUAGAAGAGGGGUUUAAUCUGAGAUUACAAUUUUCCUUUGCUAUUAUAUUAUAUAUUGGGUAGUUGUGCGGGAGCACAUCUCAUUCAUUACAUUACAUGUAUUUGAAACAUCAAUAGCUUAAUAAGAUGAUGCCAUGGAG